CUCAGACUUUGGGCUUGACCAUGAAGCUGCUGCAGGCUGAACUAUGUAUGUAUCUGAGGCACAGCCUGUAAAAAAGACUGGGAAGGUGGCCUUGACAUUAUGUCACUUUUAUGUCAUAUUGAGAGUGUGGGCAAGGCUCAUGAGCUGUGGCUUCAGGGAGGGCAGUGCAUUGCUCAAGCCAGGUGAUGGACCAUGGGUCAGACCUCGAACCUUCUGUAGUGAGCUGGAAUGGCCAGGACCUGGGAGAAGAGACAAGAUUUCAGUGUAGUGAGGGAGUCAGUCUCCCAAAAAGAGUAAAAGCAAUCAUGAAGUAAAUGGUCUGGCCCACCAGAAGCAUGGACACAGGACAGCAGCCAAUCCCACUCCAUCUGCAUCACCGUGGGCCUUGGUGGGGUCAGGACACAGGACAGCAGCCAGUCCUUCUCCAUCUGCAUCACCGUGGGCCUUGGUGGGGUCAGGACACAGGACAGCAGCCAACCCCUCUCCAUCUGCAUCACCGUGGGCCUCGGUGGGGUCAGGACACAGGACAGCAACCAGCUCCUCUCCAUCUACAUCACUGUGGGCCUUGGUGGGGUCUCCAUCCGCACUAACACAUCACUCACUUGGUGAACCAAUGGGAACCUGCCAUGUGCCCUGCAGAUCUCCAGUCAUUGUGCAGACUUCAUUGUGCAGCCCCAAGCAUGGAGCUGGGGACACUCAGAGCCUGGGAGAGAAGAGCAGGCAAGAGGGAACUGGCCAGCUCCACAGUUCUUGCUUCUGUCCCCAGGUACCUUCCUCUGUCGCAUGCCCCCUUCUCAGCAGAGGACAGCCCUGGACUUCCUCCUGUUCCUGGGCUUAAUAAGAACGCCCCAUGUAAGCAGUUUGCUUCUCAAACUGUAGUUUGAAGUCCCCUGUGCCUUUACUGUCCUUGGGCUCGAGCACAGUUAGAGGACCAUGGACAUUCAGUGGCCUCAAUGGAGAUGGACCCUGGCAGCCUUGAGCUCAUUUCCACAAAGUAGGUGCUGGGGUGGGUCUACUCUAGUCUGCCUUGAAUGUAGGGGAACUGGAGGUUGGACAUUGGAGAAGGGGGUUGCUUCUGCGCUGGGCCAACAGUCAUGCCUUGAUCUGCUCUGGUGGCCCUAACAGUUGUCCUGUCCCUGAGGGCUGAUGGAGCAAGGGUUACCCCAUUAGAGUACAGGUGCUGAAGAAGAAGCCAAGAAAGAUGAGGAGAGGACAGAAUCACCCACCUGGCAGGUGACACACCACCUCACCCACCUGGGAGGUGACACACCACCUCACCACUAAGGUCAGGAGAAGGGAGGGGAUGAGGGGUGGAUCCCAGACUAUGCACCUGGCACAUCUAUUUACAGCAUCCUAAUAAGCCCCUGAUGGCAUGGUGGCCUGAGUCCAGACAAGGUUGGCUUGAGGUAUGUUUCGUUCGGAUGGCAGCAGGCAGGAACGCCAGAUGCCCGUGAAGUGAGCCCUGUUAGGGUCAGCUAGGGCGUGCGCCCAGCCACCAGAGUCCUAGUGAAGGGGCCAGAGGACUCAGGAAAAGGAAUGGAAACCUAGACAUAGCUGGCAUUGGGGACCCACCUGGGGGUGAGAGGGAAGAAGAGGCUAGAGCUACUGAGGUGAUGUCUGACCCUGAUGGGGACUUGGGACAGAGAGGCCAUCACAUGGCUGCUGCUCAGCAGAGCAGGCUCAGGGGCAAGUGUGGGAUUUGCUGUCCCUGCUCACCUGGGGGUUGUAGGUACAGGACAGGGGUGGCGACUGUCCAGGAAUAUGAAGUCCCGCAAAGCACUCCAGCAGCAUCUCACCAGCUGUAGCACUGGGAAACUGAGGCUGCAGACAGUGCCAACAAUGAGCCCAGGCUCACAGUAAGCUACACUUAGGCCUAUAGCCUGGGAGACCCCACUUCUGAGACCUUCUCCCCAUCACCGCACUGUCCACCCUCUGGAGAAUUGGGAAGCCUGAUGGUUUUCCAGUCUGGCUCUGCCAGAGUGAGGGGCGGGGAGUGCUGCCUUCCGCUGAAGGACUGUCUGGAUGGUCAGGACCUGGUUAAGCUUGGAGCGUCUGGGGCUAAGGGCCUGCUCCCUCUGCCUAUGUGGAUGGAUAGGACCUGGCUGAGCCCUGCCUCUAGGGCUUAGGUCCCUGUGCCCUGCUGUCCCCGUGGAUGGAACCUGACUGAGGUAGGGCCCCUGCAGGGAGGGUCCAGACAAACAACAGGCGCCUGGCUCUGCAGCCAGCAAGACUCAGCAGCUGCCAGGCUCUCAACAGUUAAUCAUCUGCCCGGGAUAAGUGAGCUGAUUCUAGCUCCUUAAUCAGGACAUCGAAUCCCAAUCUGAGGCCCUGUAAGGAGCAGCAGCAGCCGCCGCUGCUGCAGCCCGUGGCACUCGGAGGACAGAGGACGGCACUGCGCAGCAAAGCCGGGGAGGCGUAGUCUCCUCACUCAGCAAGCAGCCCAAGAUGGAGCUCUACUGGCUUCCUUUGUGUGGUCUGUGCGGGCUGGCCGGCACACAGGUCAUCGGGUCCUGACCAGUGUGGAGGGUGUCAGCAUGACUUUGAGCCUCAUCUCCGUGCUGUCCCAGGACGUCACAGCCCUGUGGCUCCUGCUGAAGACAAGUGCAGAUGAAAUCAUGCACCAGGACAUCGUCCCGCUCUGUGCCGCUGACAUCCAGGAGCAGCUGAAGAAACGCUUUGCUUACCUGUCUGGUGGGCGAGGACAGGACGGAAGCCCGGUCAUCACCUUCCCUGACUACCCAGCCUUCAGUGAGAUCCCGGACAAGGAGUUCCAGAAUGUCAUGACCUAUCUCACCAGCAUCCCCAGUUUGCAAGAUGCUGGCAUUGGAUUCAUCUUGGUCAUAGACCGAAGGCAGGACAAAUGGACCUCCGUGAAGGCCUCAGUCCUGCGAAUAGCCGCAUCUUUCCCAGCCAACCUACAGCUUGUCCUUGUUCUUCGGCCCACGGGCUUUUUCCAGAGGACUCUCUCGGACAUCGCCUUCAAGUUCAACAGAGAUGAGUUUAAGAUGAAAGUGCCGGUCAUGAUGCUAAGCUCAGUGCCAGAACUACACGGCUACAUUGAUAAGUCACAGCUGACGGAGGACCUCGGAGGGACCCUGGACUACUGCCACUCCAGGUGGUUGUGCCACCGCACAGCAAUUGAAAGCUUCGCCCUGAUGGUGAAGCAGACAGCACAGAUGCUGCAGGCCUUUGGGACCGAGCUGGCAGAAACAGAGCUGCCGAAUGACGUCCAGUCAACCAACGUGGUGCUCAGCGCGCACACGGAGAAGAAGGCUAAAGUGAAGGAGGAUCUGCAGCUGGCACUGAAGGAGGGGAGCAGCAUCCUUGAGAGCCUCAGGGAGCCACUGGCUGAGAGCACUGCUCAUAGUGUGAACCAGGACCAGCUGGACAAUCAGGCCACUGUGCAGAGGCUCCUGGCCCAGCUGAAUGAGACCGAGGCUGCCUUUGACGAGUUCUGGGCAAAGCAUCAGCAGAAACUGGAACAGUGCCUGCAGCUGCGGCAUUUCGAGCAAGGUUUCCGAGAGGUCAAAACCACCUUGGAUUCCAUGUCCCAGAAGAUAGCUGCUUUCACGGAUGUUGGCAACAGCCUGGCCCAUGUGCAGCAUCUACUGAAGGACCUGACCGCCUUUGAAGAGAAGUCCAGCGUGGCUGUGGACAAGGCCCGAGCCCUGUCGCUGGAAGGCCAGCAGCUGAUUGAGAACAGGCACUACGCUGUAGACUCCAUCCACCCCAAGUGUGAGGAGCUCCAACACCUCUGUGACCAUUUCGCCUCUGAGGUCACCAGGAGGCGGGGCCUUCUCAGCAAGUCCUUGGAGCUGCAUAGCCUCCUAGAGACGUCCAUGAAGUGGAGCGACGAGGGGAUUUUCCUGCUGGCCUCACAGCCUGUGGACAAAUGCCAGUCCCAGGAUGGCGCAGAGGCAGCCCUCCAGGAGAUCGAGAAGUUUCUGGAGACCGGCGCAGAAAAUAAGAUUCAGGAGCUCAAUAAGAUUUACAAGGAAUAUGAAUGCAUCCUCAACCAGGACCUUCUGGAACAUGUGCAAAAAGUCUUCCAGAAGCAAGAAAGCACAGAGGAGAUGUUCCACCGCAGGCAGGCCAGCCUGAAGAAACUGGCCGCCAAGCAGACACGGCCUGUGCAGCCCGUGGCCCCCCGACCAGAGGCACUUACCAAGUCCCCCUCCCCGUCACCAGGCUCCUGGCGAAGCUCUGAGAACUCCAGCUCUGAGGGCAGUGCACUCCGCAGAGGGCCCUACAGGAGAGCCAAGAGCGAAAUGAGUGAGCCCCGGCAGGGCCGCACCAGCUCCACAGGGGACGAGGAGGAGAGCCUGGCCAUCCUGCGCAGACACGUGAUGAAUGAGCUUCUGGACACGGAGCGGGCCUACGUGGAGGAGCUGCUCUGUGUCUUAGAGGGCUAUGCUGCAGAGAUGGAUAACCCCUUGAUGGCACACCUAAUCUCAACAGGCCUGCAGAACAAGAAGAACAUCCUGUUUGGAAACAUGGAAGAAAUCUAUCACUUCCACAACAGAAUAUUCCUGCGGGAGCUGGAGAGCUGCAUAGACUGCCCAGAGUUGGUGGGGAGGUGCUUUCUGGAAAGGAUGGAGGAGUUCCAGAUCUAUGAGAAGUACUGUCAGAAUAAGCCGCGCUCCGAGAGCCUGUGGAGACAGUGCUCUGACUGCCCCUUCUUCCAGGAGUGCCAGAAGAAGCUGGACCACAAGCUGAGCCUGGACUCCUACCUCCUGAAACCUGUGCAGAGGAUAACCAAGUACCAGCUGCUACUCAAGGAAAUGCUGAAGUAUAGCAAGCACUGUGAAGGGGCAGAGGACCUGCAGGAGGCGCUGAGCUCCAUCCUGGGCAUCCUCAAGGCGGUGAACGACUCCAUGCACCUCAUCGCCAUCACUGGCUAUGACGGAAACCUUGGCGACCUGGGGAAGCUGCUGAUGCAGGGCUCCUUCAGCGUGUGGACAGACCACAAGAAGGGCCACACCAAAGUGAAGGAGCUAGCCAGGUUCAAGCCCAUGCAGCGGCACCUGUUUCUACACGAGAAAGCUAUCCUUUUCUGCAAGAAGAGGGAGGAGAACGGGGAGGGGUAUGAGAAGGCUCCUUCCUACAGCUACAAGCAGUCCUUGAAUAUGACAGCUGUUGGCAUCACAGAGAAUGUGAAGGGUGACACCAAGAAGUUUGAGAUCUGGUACAACGCAAGGGAGGAGGUUUACAUCAUCCAGGCGCCAACUCCCGAGAUUAAAGCAGCGUGGGUGAAUGAGAUCCGGAAGCUGCUGACGAGCCAGCUGCAGGCCUGCCGGGAAGCCAGCCAGCACCGAGCCCUGGAGCAGUCCCACAGCCUUCCUUUGCCCACACCAUCCAGCACCAGUCCCACAAAAGGAAACACAAGAAAUAUCAAGAAGCUCGAAGAUCGGAAGACAGAGCCGCUCAGCCUGGAAGGCUACGUGAGCUCGUCAUUGCCGAAGCCUCCUGAGAAGGGCAAAGACGAUGCCGUCCCUAGUUCUACCUCUGAAAGCUCUGCGCUUUCCAGAAAGCGCUUCACUCUGCAGGGCUUGGCUAACCUCAAAGGUCAGAAAGCCUCUCCGACCAGUCCUGACAAAAAAGCUAAGCGGCAUGAAGUAAAGAGCGACCCGACUCCCUUUGGUUUGCGAGGCUGGAGCAGAACAUCCCACUCACUGGAAGCCCCUGAGGAGGACGGAGGCUGGUCCAGUGCUGAGGAGCUCAUCAAUUCAUCUGAUGCUGAGGAAGAUGGGGGAGUGGGCCCUAAGAAGCUGGUUCCGGGUAAAUACACAGUGGUGAUGGACGAUGAGAAGGGGGGCCCCGACACUCUUGCCAUGAGGAGUGGGGAUAUGGUGGAGGUAGUGGAAGAAGGCGCUGAGGGCCUCUGGUAUGUUCGGGACCUGACCAGCAGCAAGGAGGGAUGGGUGCCAGCCAGCAACCUAUCCACCCUCCUGGGCAAAUCCAGCUCAGCCCAGUGUCUGAGCAGCUCAGACUCCAGCCCAGGGUCAGCCGUGCUGAGCAACUCCUCCAGCUGCAGCGAGGGCUACCCUGCUCCCUUCUCCGAGCUCCAGGGAUAGUGGCCAGGCCUCUGUGGUAGGCGCUCAAGGCCACCGUGCAGUAGACCAGCAUGCAAAUCUCUAAGUUUUUUCUUUUUGCUUGGGCUUGCUUAGUUUGGGAGGGAUGGUGCUCCAAGAUGUCUGGAAACAGGAGGGCCCUGCCAACCAUGGGCUGCAGAGGACACUGGGGCCUCGGAACCGGAGGACCCUGCCAACCAUGGGCUGCAGAAGACACUGGGGCCUCAGAACCAGGGCUCCGCUGCAUGGGCAGAAGCCAGGAGACAACAGUUCACCACCAAAGCUUCAGAGAUUCCAGAGUGGACAGAGGCGGGGCUGUGGGGUAGGAGACCCCAGUGCAGAAAGGUGGGAGACAGCCAACAGCCCCUGCUAUGCAGCCUCUCCAAGGUGUCCUGGCCUCUCUGGUGCUUUCUAUAGGACCAUCAUCCUGAGGAAGCCACUGCUAGCAGGAGUGGACAGCUUGCUGCCAACCGCCUAAGAAGGGGAUCAAGGGACUCUUGUCUUUUAUAAGUUUUUGAUUUUUUUUUUUUAAACAGGGAUUAACCCCAUGGCCAUUUUUUCGUGGUACUCUGGCCUCAACUCUUUAACCAAGAAACACUGUGUUUACAUGAAAUGACAAUUUGAUACUGUAUUUGAUAUAAAACUAUUUUUUGUUACUGGGGUUUACAUCAAAGCACGUUGUUUGUACAGCUAACUGGUUUCUGGGGCACUCUCCCUGAGACCUGGCACUCCCUGGAAUACGGUGCAGGAAGACCGGGUGAACCAAGGAUGUGUCCUCCACCAAAAGCAGUUGGGGAUCACUGAGAGUCUUGCAUCUGCAUAGGUUUCAUUUUCACAAGAAAUGUAAAGUAUAAUUUAAAAGAUUAGCCUUCUUUUCUACAAUAUAAAGGAGACUCUCUGUUUUUUAAAUGAACAUCAUUAAAUUAGGAUAUUUUUAUUAUUUUUAAAGAAAGUGUAUAACUCCAUGAUGCCAGCCAUCCUCAGCAACUCAGGCACUGGCUGCCUCUCCAUGUCAGGGCAGGCCCCAUGUCCCCUCCCCAGCCCCACUCACCUCUGCCCCACAGCAGGAGGGGCUGCAGCUGAGCUCCGGGGACCUGCAGCCUCCACCCAGCCCCACUCACCUCUGCCCUGCAGCAGGAGGGGCUGCGGCUGAGCUCCGGGGACCUACAGCCUCCACCCGAGUCACCGCAGAGCUGCCACAAAUUGUUCUUUUCCUCUUUUUCAUGCGUUUCAGAAACAAAUUCUGUUCUUUGAAAACUCUCUGUGCCUAGUAGGGCAGAUAUUUUUAUAUGUGUGUAUAUAUGUUCACGUGUGUACAUAUGAUCUUGGUGUAAAGGAUGUAUUUAUGGUCUCACGCUGCUGAACAUGUGUCACUUUACGGUCCCUCCCUGUCUCCUCAUCCUGCUGCCAUGGGAGGCCACCGAGGCUCGUUCACCACUGUAUGUCCUCCUCCCCUGCCCUAUGGCCUGCAAAGCCAUUACUGGCUACACCUUCAGAGAAUGGUAAUAAAAUAAAAAACGUGCAAAGACUCCAUAG